AAGACAGCAUUACAGCAGUAUGGCGUUCACGUCCCUCAGCCUCUUGAUCUGCUGCUUCUCUGCAGCCACUGCUUCUGUGCAGAUGAACGUUGCUCCCGACCGGUCUCAGUUCUUUCGAUAUGACAGUGUCACUCUGAGAUGUGUGGGGAACUCCAGUGGAUGGAUAGUGAAGAGGAACACAACAUCCCAGACUGCUCAGACAUGCCAGUAUGGCUGGGAACGCGGGUCCUCCUGCAUCAUCGACGAUGCUUACCCACAAGACACUGGAGUGUACUGGUGUGAAUCUACAGGAAGAGCAAGCAACACCAUCAACAUCAUAGUAACCGGUAAUACUACAUGCAUGUUUCUCCCUGUACUUCCUGUGAUGGAGGGAGAUGAUGUUCCACUUCAUUGUUCCUACAAGGAAGAGGAUGAUGAAUAUGCAACAUCAAACUUUGCUGCCAGCUUUUACAAAGAUGGUGCUUUCAUUGGGAGAGAAGAAGCAGGGAAGAUGACUCUGAGAGCAAUGUCCAAGUCUAAACAUGAAGGUUUCUACAAAUGUCAGCAUCCUUCUGGAAGAUAUUCACCACAAUCCUGGCUGACAGUAAGGGGUAAGGCUCUGACCACUCCUCCUCCUCCUCCUCCUCCUCCUCCUCCUCCUCCUCUCAUAUCUUGGACCAGGCUGAUUUGUAGCAUUCCGCUCUUCAUCUUCUACAACAUCAUACUCAUCUUCUGUAUUUAUAGAUACUGCAAGUGGGCAAGAGGUAAGAACAAGUAAGAGAACCUUUACAGAACAAAGUUGCAAGAAAAAUAAUUUAACUUACUGUGCUGGUGAGAAAAUUCUCUUUUGAAUGUCAAGACUUUGGAAACGUCCUGAUGCAGCAACAAAAUCAUCAGUCAUUAACCCAUCCAUAACUUCAAGUGCAGCUUUUACUAUUCUUUCUACCUUAUUUAGUCUUUAUUCGACUCUUUCUAUUCUUGCCUUGUUUUUUUUUUUGUUUUGUUUUUUUAUUACUAUUGUAAUAUUUUACUGUACAUAUUUUACCUUUUCAUCUUUAAAUAUUUUAACUUUCCAACUUACUUGCUCCUACAUGCAUAACUGUGAAAAGUGAAGUUCAUACAAACACAAAAAACGUAAUUACUAAUAAUCAUGUAUGUUGUUUUAUAGCACAUGAAAUAAAGAAUCUGGAAAUUAAACAAAACAAUAUUUUAAGCAUUUCCCUUCUUACUGACUUCAAAGCUUCCAAUGUAGCAAAGUAGCCCCACAUCAUGAUACUCCCGCCGCAUCACAGUUUGACAUUCGUGUGAACUUUUAUAGGCUUGUC